AUGCUGAAAGAUCUGCUGAAAACGGCCUUUUUGAGCCUGGUUGCCAGUCAACUGUCAUUGGUCGCCAGUGCUCCGGCUCCCCAACCAACGGCGCCUGGUAUUCCUUCGGCAUCAACAGCCCAGAGCGAGCUGGAAAGCCUGGUUGUGGAAGAGCAAGGGUCGCAAGAUGGCUACAGUCGGGACAAAUUCCCCCAUUGGAUCUCGCAGGGAAGCGGAUGUGAUACGCGCGACGUUGUAUUGAAAAGGGAUGGCACAAACGUAGUACAAGACGACAGCUGUGCAGCCAGCAGUGGAAACUGGAAAUCCCCUUAUGAUGGUGCGACCUGGACCGAUGCGAGUGACCUGGACAUCGACCAUGUUGUUCCCCUCUCCAAUGCCUGGAAAUCCGGUGCAUCCGAAUGGACAACCGAUGAUCGAGAAAGCUUUGCCAAUGAUCUCACUCACCCGCAGCUCCUGGCUGUUACCGAUAAUGUGAACUCCGCCAAGGGCGACAAGGGCCCUGAAGAGUGGAAGCCUCCGCUUGAAUCCUUUUAUUGUACUUAUGCGGAGAUGUGGGUCAAAGUGAAGUCGGUCUAUAACCUGACUAUCACGUCCAAUGAGAAGGCCGCGCUGGGAGAUAUGCUUGACACCUGCUGA